AUGGGCCGUUUGAACAGACGACACUACAACCUCAAGCACAAGACCGCUGCGCAGAGGGCUGCUGAACCCAGGGAGAAAUCACCAGCCCCUUUGGGCGUUGGACCUCUACCUGACGGUGGGCCCUUUGGGGGUCCUGGGGACCCCAACGACCCGGAAUACAACCCUGACCACCCACUUUAUUGGCGCUUUGGAACCAAUGCUGGAGGGAUGAUCCUCCGCAUGAAGAAGCACUACGGGGAACGCAUGAAUAAUGUUCCAUAUAAAUACCUCAAGUGGUGCUACAAAAACUUGAAAUUUGCUUUGACGUUCCGGAAGGCAUUCGAAGCUUACGAUAAGGGCCUCCGGAAUUGGAUCCAGGAAUUGGGUGGUUAUGGUGAUAUCCUCGUUCCUAUUGGGAAGACGUACAAGGGUCUUCCUCUGAAGGAAUGCCGAGACAAGGAGUGGAUGGAAUGGCUCAUGGAGAAAAUGACUCCCGCCUACAAAGAAGAUCACGAAAUCUUCUUCCUCGCCAUAAAGGUAUGGCUCGAGAACCCCAACCAUCAAGGCGUUAAACGAGAUGUUGGCGAAAGCCUUGCCAAGUCCAGGUUUAGAGAUGAGCACUGGUUGCUCUCUCCGGACGAGUACGAUCUCGACUUGGCGGAGGAUCUGAAUGUUAUCCCGUGCACUCUCGAGGAUAUCGGCGAAGUCGAUGAACACGGAAACCUUGAGGGCUUUAUCGCCUCUGACUCACAAGACAUUGUGUAUGAGUCUGAUAAUGGCACUUCUGUGGACUCCUUGUCGGACCUCGAUGCGAAAGCGGAGAAGGUCGCGGCGAGGAUUCGUCGAAACAAAACUGGUCAGACUCCUAGGAAAUCUCCGAAGAAGAGGGUUCAACGUCGCGAUGUAGAAUCUGACGGUGAGGCUACGGAGUAUUCCUCCAGCGAUGACUCGUAUCAAGAGACAGUCGUCGCCUCGGAUGACGAACCUCCUCCAAAGACUCCGAGAGCGAAAGCUACGAGGCGUCUUGUCGUCUCUGAUCAGGAAUCCAGUGGUGAUGAACUUCCUUCAGUUUCACCCUUGAAGCGUGGAAGGAGUGCUACGAGCAGCACGCCGGGUAGUCAGGUUUCGCGGUCGACCCCCAAGAGACGAAAACUGGAUUCCCCUGAGAAAACUACGAAGUACGCCAGGAAGGGCCUAGAUGGUUCGCCACUUGCCCGCCCUCGCCAAAAGGCCUGA